GACAGAGUGAAAGCAGGCUCAGUCAUGUGUCUGGCUUGCAAAGGUGUAUCCUGUCGCGAUUUUGCGCAGCUUCCGCCUCUUCCUACGACUGUUCAAUUUUGAGUCGAUUCAAUCCCACAACAUGGCUGAUUCACUCACCUCACAACAGCCUGUCUCGCCACUGCUCCGUCUCCCUCUCGAGCUGCGCAAGAGGAUCUACGCACAUGUCUUCAGCGGCUACCGGAUCACCGUCCUCUGGUCCAAUACCGGCGCCCUACGCUACGCCACUCUUCCCGACUCUGAGCUCCUUUUCCACGGCUCGGGGCGACUGGCCUUCAAUACUCUCAUCGCUCCGACGCAAGUCUGCCGUCAGAUGUAUGCCGAGACCCGACUCCUUCCAUACAAAUACAGCACGUACAACGUCAGCCUCAUAAUCAAUUUCACGCUCUGGAUGGGCAGGCUUGAUGAGGCGUUGCACACUACGGUGUGGGAAGCGUUGAACGAGUCGCAGAGGUUGUAUGUGCAGGAGGUGCGGGAUGAACAUUGGGGGGGCAGUGAGGACAAGGUAGUCCGGAGAUGGAGAAGGGCCGGGACCGCAAUGAGUGCUUGACAAUCGCGCAAACAUGUGUUCAAUGUUGGUGCAUGACCUUUCUGCUCAAUCCUGGCAGUCUCCUGAUGUUUUGUACACAUCAGAAACGAAGUAAUUAU